GGUGAAGUCUUUCCGAAUCCGUCAGGACAUGAAAGCAGCGCACGCAGCGCGUCACGUGCUUGUGCGGGUGGGGGCGGAAGUGGAACUCUUGUCUUCCUUUCACAUCCCUCCCCACCUUCGCUCGGAUACAGCUACACCGAAUGGAACUGGUUCUGCUGAGGCCCCCUCAGUCUGACUGACUUCAACAAUAAGUCCCUCAGGACAGCAAUGGAUCACAGUGGAGCCAGUGAGGGGCCUGGACCAGGCAGAAGACCGCCCAGUCUCUCCUUUGGGACACCCAUGGGUGCCAAGGGACAAGCAGCACAGAGUGGUCAAAGACCCAAAGUAAAGAUAACUCCCUUCCACAGCUCACCCAUAGUCAGCAGUGAUGGAGCUCACUGCAGCAAACAAUCAGGAGCAGUUUCUAGGAAACCACUGGCAUCUCCUGGCUGUCUGUUUCUGGACACACCUGCUCGGCUGACUGCUUCACCUGUCAGAGAGAGACUCGCUGCUGCUGGGAGCUCCGAGGAUCAAACUCCCAGAUCUGGCUUUCUACUCCCCACAACAGAAGAAAAAGCGCUUGUUUUCCAGCCUGCUGGCAGGAAUGCACCAAAGUUGAGCCUGAUAGACUCACAGACGUCUGGACCACCAUCUAAUGCAGAACUUCGUCACAGCCAGAAAGGCAAAGAGAAAAGAGAUGUCUCCCUGUCCAUCAAACCUCAGUCAGCCGUGAAGAGGAAGAAGAGGAAGAUGGGAAUGUACAAUCUGGUCCCUAAGAAGAAGGCCAAGGCCCUUAAACAGCAGGAGAAGAAAGAGGAGCCAAGAGCCGGUGUAGAGAAGAACCUAGCUGCAGGAGAUGAGAAACUAGUGAUUCUGCCAGAAACUCUGAAGGUUGUUAGAAAUGAAUUGCUGAUGGAGGUUGAACCUGGAGAAGGCAGCCAUGUUGAAUACACAGAGUUGGCUUUGGACUGUCUGGACCUGAAAGCUCAGGAAGAGCUGCUCUCACCCCCCCUGACAGGUGUAGUAGCGGAUGCUGAGGUGACAGAAACAGACCUGGCUGAGGAGUUACCACUGUGCUGCUGUCGAAUGGAGACUCCUCACAGUGUAGGCAGCGUGUCCACACUGGAUCAGACCUGCAUGGCCAUGGAGAGCAUGGAUGGAAUGCUGAAUCGUUGCCAGAGGCGAGUGAUGAAGCAGGAAAUGAUGCGACCCUCCAACACGGUCCAUCUACUGGUUCUGUGUGAGGACCACCGGGCUGGCAUGGUCAAACACCAAUGCUGUCCUGGCUGUGGACUCUUCUGCAGGGUGGGCACCUUCAUGGAGUGCAGGCCACAUGGCAGCAUCUCCCACCGCUUUCACCGCGACUGUGCCUCCAUUCUGAAGGAUCUCAAGUUUUGCCCCCACUGCGGAGAGGAUGCCAGUGGGGCGAAGGAGGUCACGGUGUUAAAGACUGUUCCAUCACCCUCUGUACCUAGAUCGAACCCUGGGCCAUCACUUCCAGCUGUUCCCACUGUGGCCACCCUGCCAUCAGUACCAACCACGCCUGCUGUUCCACAGAUACUCAGAGCUAAGAAGACCAGUGAGCCACAGAGGAGCAGAGACGAGAGCCCAAGCAGGUUAGAUGGCAAGGCUGUGUGUGCUGCAGAUAAACUACCUAAAGAGUCACUGGAGAGCAUCCUGAUGGCACUGGAUGAUGAGAAUCUGAAACCAAAGAAAGUGAAGUACCCCACCAGACAGCUGUACAUCUCUGCAAAACAAGGAGAGCUCCAAAAGGUCAUUCAUCUCCUAGUUGAUGGGAAGGACCCCAACUUUUCGAUGGAGGGCCAAAACAAAGGCACCCCUCUUCAUGCAGCAGCUUCUGAGGGUCAUCAGGAGAUCUGCCACAUGCUGGUCCAGGCUGGAGCCAACCUGGACAUGUUUGAUGAUGAGCAGAGAACACCAUUGAUGGUGGCCUGUGAAAACAACCAUUUGGAUACAGUGAAGUACCUGCUGAGAGCUGGAGCAGCUGUCAGCCCCAAGGAUAUCAUGGGAUUCACCUGUCUGCAUCUGGCAGCUAAACUAGGACAUUAUGAUAUAGUCUAUCAUCUGCUCUCCAAGGCUUCCAAAUACAUCAACUCUCAGGAUGACGGGGGAUGGACUCCCAUCACCUGGGCCAUCGAGUACAAGCACAAGGAGCUGGUCCACCUGCUGCUGGCCAGGGGGGCCGAUGUUAACAUCAGGGACAAGGAAGAGAAUGUCUGCCUGCACUGGGCGGCUCUGUCGGGCUGUGAUGACGUCGCCCAGGCUCUGCUGGAGGCUCAAUGUGACCUGAGCGCUGUCAACGUUCAUGGUGACUCACCGCUUCAUGUCGCUGUCAGAGAGAACCACCUGGAUUCUGUGAUGUUGUUUCUGUCUCGUGGAGCUGACGUCAAUCAGAGGAACAGGGAGGGAGAGACGGCUUUGGACUGCUGCGUCUAUGGCUCCAAGAUGUGGACAGCCCUCAACACCAACAAGAAGCUGACUGACGCCAGGAGAGGCAGGGACUGUCAUGGAGAAAGAGUGCUCAGCAGGGACAUUUCUCGGGGGUACGAGGCAGUUCCUAUCACCUGUGUCAAUGGUGUCGACAGUGAGCCGUGCCCUGAAAACUUUAAAUACAUACCAGACAACUGUGUCACCUCCCCACUGAACAUUGACAAGGACAUCACUCACUUACAGCACUGCAGCUGUACAGACGACUGCUCAUCCAGUGCCUGCAUGUGUGGUCAGCUCAGUUUGCGAUGUUGGUAUGACAGCGAGGGUCGACUACCACUGGACUUCUGUCAGCGGGAGCCCCCAGUACUGUUUGAGUGUAACCACGUCUGCUCUUGCUGGAAGACCUGCAGGAACCGAGUGGUCCAGAAUGGACUGAGAGCCCGGCUGCAGCUCUUCAGGACACAGAAGAUGGGCUGGGGAGUGAGAGCCAUGCAGGAUAUCCGUCAAGGAACAUUCAUUUGCGAGUAUGUCGGGGAGAUCAUCACUGAUGCAGAGGCCGACAAAAGGGAGAAUGACUCUUUCCUCUUCACCCUCGACAAUAAGGUGGGAGAUGUACACUGUAUUGAUGCGAGACUCUUUGGCAACAUCGGCCGCUUCAUUAACCAUCUGUGUGAGCCCAACCUGCUGGCUGUGAGGGUGUUCACCAUGCACCAGGAUCUACGCUUCCCCAGGAUAACCUUCUUCUCCAGCAGGCCCAUCAAAGCUGGAGACCAGAUAGGCAGGUUCGACUAUGGCGAUCACUACUGGAGGGUGAAGAGCAAGUACUUCAGCUGCCAGUGUGGUUCUCUCAAGUGUCGCUACUCAGCUGCUAGCCAAUCUCACUGAUGACCACUGAUCCCUCUUUCUCUCUGGGCACAUUCUGUCGCUGUAACCUUUUAAUGUCAGAAACACUGCCUUAUGAACUAGAUACAACAUAAGAGUAAUGCUUUUAUUAGGUUAAAAAGGUUUUCUGGUAUUCACUUGAAUUCCCUGUUUUAAAGCAGCAAAUGAAAGAUAAACAUUGUUAAAAUCUGUCAUCUCAGAGCACAUGAUCUAACUUAUUUAUACACCUAAUAAGGUUAGUUUUCUAUAUGAAGAACACUGCAGCUUGCCACCAGCCAGAAAUACUGUAUAUGAGGGUGGAUUUAACUAGUUUUAAAGAGCCCACAAUCAGGUAAAAAAAUCUUAACAGAUUAUUUAAACUUUGAUGGACUCUUCUUUUAAUACUGCAAAGUGUUAUAUUUGUGGAUUAAUGAAGUGAAGUAAUGUUUCUGGUAGUCUGAUCUCUUCAAUGAACAUGCUUUUUACUACAUGUCUAUUGAGCAAUUAAACACAUUUUUAAAGCA